ACCGAAAAUAACGCUUCCGGUUGGGUGUACCUGUAUCAAGAAGUAUCUUAAAUUAUUCUGUAUCCCAACUAUUGAAGGCUGAAGGGUUUAUAAAAUGUUUUGUUUCUAACCACCAAGAUGUUUAAUAGGCUUCGCAAGAAAAAAGAAGAAAAGGUUUAAUUUUGACCGAACUUUACACAUAUUUAUUAUUUUUACUCUCCCUUCAUUUCAAUAAUAUUAAUAUUUGCGUUAAUGAUUGUUGUUAUUAUUGAUAAUAUUAUUAAUAAUAUUGUUAAUUAAGUUAAUUGUUAUUUUAAUUCAGACUUACUAAACUUUACUACCGAUUUUACAUUAUUAGAUUUAAGUCUGCAAAUAAUUUAGGCCAUAUUGAAGUCAAAUUCAUUGUCAUACAGAUUGAAUGUACCAAGAGUCUCCUAAACCUAAAGUUAAAUCAUUUUUUUUUUUUUAAAUUGUCAAAUUUAAAAAAAAUAAAAAAUGAUUUAACUUUAGGUUUAGGAGACUCAUGAAAAUCAAUCAGGCCAAAAGUCAAACUAGUCAAAAUAAAGCUCAUGCUCAUACUGAGUCAUACUCAUCAGGCCUACUAACUAAUUGAUGGUUCAGUGCAUUUUUAUUGUUUAGACAAAGAAAAUAAUGUACAUAUUAUAUAAUAUAAUAAAUAUAAUUUUAUCAGCCUAGCCCUAGCCCUAGGUCUAGUCUAGUAUUUAGCCUGCAUUCAUAAUAUAAUAUGAAUGAAUGACGAAUGCCUAUAAUAUAGCCAAUAUACUUAGGAAAUUUUCGCAAAAUUAAAAAUGAGAAAAGUCAAAUAGAACUAUUAUUAUUAUUAUUAUUAUUAAAAUAAAAUCUUAACUCAUAACUUACUAGAUCUAGCCAUAAACUAAUGUGCAUGAUCUGACCACUUGUCUUUUUUUUAACAUUUAAAAUUAAAAGAGACCAUCAUUCACUUACUCUAAGCUAGUUAACAACAUAGGCCUAUGAAUGGGCAAUUAUCAAAUAAGUCACUCAUAGGCUAGAUAACAACUUGAUGGCUUAUAAUUAUAGUUCCUAAAUAUUUUUAAUUUUAACAAAAAUGUUAUCACUGUUGUCAGUAUGAGCUUUAAGCUACCCUAUUUAACACAUCUAACGGAAAUAAAUUUUAUGAUUUUAAAUUAUUAGUAUCACUGUUGAUUUGUUAUUUUUUAAAUAAAAUAAAAUUAAUUGGUCCAAUUAAUUUUAUUUUUAAUUUAAAAAAUAACAAUCAACAGUGAAUAAAUCUUAGACUAAAGAAUGAAGAAGCAUAAAUUUGGAUUUUUUUCUUUUGCUCUUGACUCUUGGUAUUAAUUUAUAAACAUAUUUUAAUAAUUCUAAUGACUAAUGAUUCUACCAGAACUUUUCCCUCAGAGUCAAUGAAAAGCUAUUUUAAUGAGUCUAUUCUCAACAUUUCAUUCAUUGCUUUACAAAGCUCCAAGUAUUUUAUAGUUAUAACCUUUUUUAUUAAUGGUAAGAUCAAGAUUAAGAGAUUUGGAUUUUUAAAUGUUGUACAUUUUUAGUUGUAGCUGAACUGUUAGAUGAUAAAUAAUGUUAUAAAGUUUUUUUUACUGAUAAUAAAUUUCAUCUUUCUAGCACCUACCUAAUCAUACAUGAUUUCCCUUACAAUAAUUUGAGUGCAGCCUCACAUAUUUGUUGCUGAGUGUUGCCUAGCCCGUCAUGUUUGUUGUUUAGUGUUGACUAGCUCCACAUUCUUGUUGUUUUCUAUUGUCUUCUUCUUUCAAGUUUUCUCUUACCCUAUGCUUGUUUGCUUUUUUUUACAACUUUAUAACUAUAUCCAGAAAUUAUAUUAAAAUAUUUAUUUCUGCUGUUAAAAGGGCCAUUAUUCUUUUAAACAAAGUUUACAAGUGGUUCUCAAAGUUGGCAAUAGGAUUGACCAAGGACGAGGCAGUGAAAUUUUCUUAGCUUUUUUAAAGAAAUUAGUGUCACAAAGUAGGGGAAAACCUGAAAAAGGAAGAAGAGGGCUGUUGAAAAGCCUUCUUCAGCAAACAAAAACAAGGGAGCAAUGAAAUUUAAAAAACGUAAAUAACUUAACUGAUGCUGUGGACUGUGGAGAAUAAAGAUAACUUUUUCAGACACCCAGGAAAAUAAAAGGCCUUUAGUUCUAACACUGAAAUUCAAACACAUUUAUUAGACCUGAUUAACAAUGCAUGAACACGUAACUUAACUUUUAGGAAAGACCUCUCUAGUAGCAGGAGAUUGAAUUUGAGCCGAAAUUGGCACCUGUGCUAAUAAUAUGGUAUUGUAACAGAUGGCGCAACAUAAAAAAAAUGGAGAAAAAAAUGGAAUCAUUUAUUCUGGAAGCCCUGUAUAGAUUUUGAAUGAUUGAUGAUUUAUAGAGAGGUUCAUUGACUAUUAUUGGGUGAGCGAGUGUGUGAGCUAUGGAUUAGUUAAAUACAAUGAGGGUUGUGUUGGCUGGAAAAAGUUUUAGAAUCACUGAAAUUUCAACUACAGAACAAUAUAAGAAAAUUUACCAAUUUAAUAAUUUUUCAAUCAGAUUUUUAUUACUUAUAAGUGAAUCAGUCUUUAUUUUAUAAAAUAGCAACAUUUUAAUCGUAUUAAUUUUAUGGGGGAAGUUCCAGCUGUUAAAUAAAGUAAUUAUGAAUCUUUAAAGCAUAAACUUGUUAUGGUUAAAUUAUUAAUUUUGAUUGACGAGCCUGUAUAAAUUUUGGAAAUGUAGCUUAAGCAAAUUAAAUUUUAACCCAUGCUUGACUUGUUGCUUAAAGGAGAGCAAAACUGUAGACAGUGAAGAGGUUUAAAGUAAAUGUGCUUCAUGCAUCCAUUUAUCCACAGCCAACAGCUCCUAGCGGUAGCAGAUUUACCCUCCCUAACUUACUAGGUAACAGGAAUGACAGCAGUCAGGUCAAUGAAGCCCAGGUGACAACAUUACAAUGGGGUCUAUAAGUCAUUAGUGGUACAUUUUAAAAUUAAUUCAUUAUAGCUUCCCUACCCUUCCUUUAACAUGAGAACGCUUUAGUACUGUGUUCCAAUCCUUGUGUCACUCUUAUUCCUUUGUAAAUGACCACCACAGCUUAAAAAAACUGCUGCUGUGCAUUAGUAUAUUGAUCACUGUUUGUUCACUGUAGUGAAGAAUAAAUUUUAAAAGCUUACGUUCCUUAUUUAAUGUUUGUUUAUUCUAUUAAAAUAAGUUACAUACAAAAAUAAAAAAUACAAGUUUUAUAUUUUUAAUUCAUGUAAUUAAAAAAAAAGUACUCCACACAUUGCUCUCAAAGUGUUAUUUAUCUUAUUCUUGAGCAUUUUGGCAUUUUGUUACACCUGUUGUUUGUUUUUAGUUUUAUUAACAGUUGAUAUUUUUAAAGACUCAAUAUAAAAUCAUAUUUAUUAAUUGGAUCUUGAUUGAAACAAAGUGUUUAUUUAAAUAAAUCCUCUUUGUUUAAAGUUUUGUUAUGAAAAAAAAAGCAUAUUGGACAUUUUUAUUUUUACAUUUUCUGUGGAAUCAUGUGGUUGAUUAUAGUAUUUUACUUCUCUACAGGGUUUUCUGUGUCCAACAUGUAUAAUAAAUUUCCAAAGUGCUGAAGCUCUCCAAACACAUUUUGACACUGCACAUAGUGAUGGAGCUGAUUCCCCAACAGAAGAUCAGGGGGUUAGUUAGAUUCCUUUUUAUAACUUUUUUACAACAUAAGUAUAACGCUGGCUAAACUUAACUGUCUCAUGAGAGUUCUCUACACUUCUUCCAAUGAUAAGGAUUUGACCUAAAAUGAAACAGUUUUCUUGAGAACACUUACAAUGUAUAUCCUCUUCCUCACAUCAGUAGUUUAUUUUUGUUUUGCAGUUAUUCUUCUUUAGACUCAAGCCCAUUUUACCACCCAAUUAGUUUAUUCUGGAGACACCAUCUACUGUUCUUAAAUUUGUUCAACUCUCUAGCAUAAUUUUUUUUAUUUUUAAUUGUUCAACUAUAGGAAGGUUUUCUCUGCCCCAUGUGUAAAAUGUCUCUCACUUCACCGGAGGAGUUGACCAGCCAUUAUGAAUCUGCACAUAGUGAUGAUGCUCCUACACCAGCCGCACCUAUUAUAAGGUUAUCAAAUCAAUACAUGUUCCCUAUACUAUGAAAGCUACAGUUUAUUUUAUGUUUUAAACCUUUGUCAAUGACAUUAUUCUUUCAUUUAACAUUAUUAUUUGUAUAUGGAAUAUGGAAAUUAGAGCUCUGUUUUUUUUGUCCCUGGUUUCAGAUACAUUUAAUUUUUUGUCUUAUUUCAUUAUAACUGGCUACUGCUUUGGGUUCUCAACUAUGAUAUAAUUUGAGUAUCAUGCUGUCAAUUUUAUUUUUAAAGUGCAUUUGACAAAGACAAUAUAUUUCAGAAAUGGUGAAAUAUCAGGGGUUGAAAUACAAGAGGUAAAUAUAUCAUGUCCAAAAUUGUGUCAUGUUUAUCUUGUGUUGUCCCUAUGUUAAUUUAGAAAAUAAGUUUAUAUCCUUUUGUUUGGCAUUCAUAUUUUAUAUAGUUCCAGAUUCCAAUAGCUCAUUCCAACAAAAAAUAACAUUUCUUUUGAGCAAAAAAAGGUCUAAAAUUUUAAUAUGAUGCACUAGCAUAUAUAACACAAGGUAUCAUUAUAUAAAAACUAAAAUUUAAACUGCAUGCCCUAAUAAUUAUCCUUUGUGUGGCAGCUAAGGAAGGAGAUGGAAAUGUUACAAGUUCAACUUAGGGGCUCGGAAGAAAGCAGGAAUUUGUGUAAGUUUGAUAUAUCUGCAUCGUCUUCUUCUGGUUGCUCUUCCGUUAAUAAAUAUAUUAUAAAAUAAUAUGUGGUAAAUAAAAUGAGUUUAAGUGUUCAUUAUCAUUUACCUCUUUAUAAUAAUGAGAGUUCCAUGAUAUUUUGUUGGUGCUUUGAGAUUUAUCAUUGAUUGGGUUUAUCUGAUGGACACAACAGUGUCAAAUGAAGUGUUCCAUAAAGAACAAGAAGCUACUGCUGCAACCAUGCAGGUGGAGAUGGUGAAGCUGGAAAAGGAAAAACUGGAAGCAAAAGCAGCCCAGCUGGUAAUUUCAGGCACUUUAUUUAAUGGUCUAGUACUCUUAAUAUUAAUUGAUUACAUAUCAAUGGAUUAUUUUUAUACUUAUUUUGUGAAAACAGUUUAUCAAUGCAUCUCAUAUGUGCUGGGAAGGGUGGGGAGUUAUUCAGCAUUUAUAUUUCUGCAUUAUUUUAAAAAUAAAUUCUGCAGUUAUUAAUAUUUGAAAGUGUUGUCUCCAGGCGGGAGACUUGGCAACAAUGAAAGCAAAGGUGGAUGAAAGUGAAGGACAGAGGUCAGCUUUAGAUGAUCAUAUUAAAACAUUGAAGGUAAUGCUUCUUGGCCAAUUUUAACGGAUAAAAGAGAUGGACUGUGAUAACACUGAGCAUUGGCUGUGAUAACACUGACCAUUGGCUGUGAUAAUUCUGACCAUGGGGUGUGAUAACGCUGACCAUGGGCUGUGAUAAUACUGACCUUUGGCUGUGAUAACACUGACCAUUGGCUGUAAUGACACUGACCAGGGGCUUUUAUAACACUGACCAUUGGCUGUAAUAACACUGACCAUUGGCUGUAAUAACACUGACCAAGGGCUGUAAUAACACUGACCAUUUGCUGUGAUAACACUGACCAUGGGCUAUAACACUGACUAUGGUCUGUGAUAACACUGACCAAUGGCUGUGAUAACACUGACCAUUGGCUGUGAUAACACUGACCAUUGGCUGUGAUAACACUGACCAUUGGCUGUAAUGACACUGACCAUUGGCUGUGAUAACACUGACCAUUGGCUGUAAUGACACUGACCAUGGGCUGUAAUGACACUGACCAUGGGCUGUGAUAACACUGACCAUGGUCUGUGAUAAUGCUGACCAUGGUCUGUAAUAAUGCUGACCAUGAUAUAUUAUUACCUUUUAAAUAAUAUUUGGGCCCUUUAUUUUAGUCUAAUUGACUACCAGAAAUAUUUCUAACAACACACUGCUUUGUCAGGAAUUGAACACUUUGCAUUUUAAUUAAAGUGUUUAAGUGAACAAAAAUUCACUAAAUAUUUUAUAUGGACAUUCCUAAUGUAUUUUAAUUACUCUUUGUCAGGGCCAGCUGGAUGAUAAGAGCAAUUAUAUAAAAAAUUUGGAGCUGCAAUUAGCACAGAGGUAUGUAACCAUGUCACAAGUCAACUUAAUGUGUCUUGUUACAAAAAUAUCUCAGGAAAAGAAAGAAGACAAAAUGGCUUGGAAAAACAAUUAAAUCCCAUUUUUUUUUAAAAUGACAUAUAAGCAGUGGAGUAGUUAACAUUGUUUUGUUUUUUUCGGAGCUUUUAUGAUUUAAGCCUAUUUUAGAAUUACAUGUCUUUUCCUUUGCAUCUCCAGCAAUGCAAUAAUAAAAGCCCAUUAAGAAAGACCUUGUUUAUUCUAUCAUGUAUACUCCACUACCCUGAUACCUUAUUUAAAGAUACAAUUAACACGACACUGCCAAAUUUAAUUAUCCUCAAGUUUGAUGUUCAUAAAAACAAAUAUUGCAAGAAUUUUGUGGAAUUUAUAAGGGCUUAACCAGGCUUUAAAUUUCUUAGAACCCUUAAAAGGGAACAUUAUAUAUUCUUGGUGACUUUUUCGGAAUUUUAUCUUACUCCUAGACUCUGAUGUUAGCUGCUAUAAUGUUAUAUAAUAUGACAGUUGGGCAACAUCAAUUUAUCAUUUUGUUUAUCUUAUCUAGUCAUGAAGAGAAGGAGAAAAAGUAAGAUUUUCAUCUUGUGUGAUUAUGUCAUACCCUGAGUUGUUUAUUCUUAUGCCUGCUUUCACCAAGUUUAAGGGAACAAAUGUUGUAUUUAGUUUAUCCUAUUAAAGAAUUUGCUGAUCACAUUCAGUUUAUGCUAUUUAAGACUUGCUGCUCACACAAGAGUCAGAUUAUAAGACAAAAUAAUUGCGAUAAUCCAUGUAAACAAUUUUUUUUUUUUUUAAAUUUUGUGCAUGAUCCUAAGCUCACUGAUUCUUAUAUUAUGUACAUAUUUUAGAUGCAUAAAAAUUAUUUUGAUCACCUUUCUUUAUAAGAGUUAGUUGGGAAGGAGACUUCUAAAUCAGCAUUUAUGAAUGAACUAAAUAAGUUUCAUUAAAGGAUGUAUUUCCUCUAUUUGAUGGCAUAAAACUAUUAGACGCUUAGACUGCAGUGUGUAUAAAUUUGAGCCAGACCUUCCCAUCCUAGCAACCCUUCCUUAUUAUGAACAUGAUGAUGCAACCUGCUCACACACCCUUCUAGUUAUAACCUUAUCGCCUCAUUUUAUUGACAUUAUUGUCUACAGAUCCAAACAUUUUAAACCCUUCUGUUUCGUAACUUUAACUUAUCACAUUGUACAAUUAGCAGGAACCAAAAUUCAAUUCAGCGGUCAAUUGUCUUUUCUUUUUUUUUUUUUUUUUUUUUUUUUUUUUUUUAAAUCUCAAUCUUUUCACGUAGCAUUUGUGUAAAUGUUAGAUCUCAAUGUUGAAUGAUAUUUCUGCCAACUAUUGUUUCAUUUGUUUGCUCUUAUGGUUGCAGCUAGUUAUGGUUGCAUCACUAUGUCUAUUUCAAAUCCACCAUUUCUAUAGAGCUUGGAAGUCAAACAAUAUUAUUUAAUUUAUUUUGUUUCUAAUGUUUAAAAUAGCUGUCUAUAUUUUGUCAAUAUCGUAGUGUCAUUUUGACAACAUAAUUUUGUCAUGUGUAGAGAUACUCUGUAUUAACUUGCUUAUCGGUAAUAUGAAUGAACAGUUAUAAAUUUUUAAAAAGAUUAUUUACACACACACAACCAAUCACAGACUUGACAUCAAUAGCAACAAACACAGAACAUAAUCUAUAUUGUCUCAAUAUCGUAGUGUCAUUUUGACCACAUAAUUUUGUCAUGUGUAGAGAUACUCUGUAUUAACUUGCUUAUCGGUAAUAUGAAUGAACAGUUAUAAAUUUUUAAAAAGAUUAUUUACACACACACACCCCACCCCCCACCCCAAAUCAACAUCACCUUUAACGGAAUAAAUUAUUUGCCUGGUCAAGGAGCAAGCAGUUAAUAAGUGGAAGACAAAACUUACUUGGGACAUCAAGUCACAUGAUUUAGCUUGUCAGUGGAUGACUGGAGAAGUCACGUGUUGGAAGCUGUCAAGUCACGUGAUUUAGCUUGUCAGUGGAUGACUGGAGAAGUCAAGUGUUGGAAGCUGUCAAGUCAUGUGAUUUAGCUUGUCAGUGGAUGACUGGAGAAGUCACGUGUUGGAAGCUGUUUUGAUCAGAUUUAAAAAAGAAAUCUCUGGUAGAAAAGUUUCUUUUAUCCAAGCCAUAGAGCGAGAAAGUGAAUUAAAAUUGUCGGACAUGUUGCCCUGUUGCCCCCUUCAUAUAGACGGGGAUUUACUGUGGAAUAACUGCCAAUACGAGAACCUGUCAUAGUAUCCAAGUCAUGCGGUAUAAACCCAACAUCAAACAACUUAUCAAGCCACUAUUUCAGUUUUUAAAAAAAAUUAUUACACUUUCUGAAAUGUUUCAGAAGUAUAUGUUUACAAAAGGCUAACCACCUGGGAGGAUUUUAGUGCAAAUGAAAUUAUGAAUAACCAGUGUUGAAGAGUGCUGCUUCAAUUCUCAUUUAUUCUCCGACCCUUGACUGCUACUAUUUGUGUGUACCUGUCCCAAUCUUGUCGUGACUUUUUCUUUGUAGGAUUUUGCUAUUUUUUAAAUUAAUUCUUGGUUUAACUCAUUUACUGUCAUAUUUUCAUUUCUCCUGUCCGCCGAGGAAGGCUCUCAGCCGAAACGUGUUUAUCUUUUGUCCCGUCUUUUGAGUCAAGCUUCCACAUGCUUUGUUGAAUUUGAAUUUUCUACUUCUGGUCUUAUGAAGAUCCUAGAGGUCAUUUAAAAAACUGUGUAAAGAUAGACUGCAAACUCAUUCAUGGCAAGAGUGAUUCAUGUCUAUACUGCUAUUUAGUUCCUAUAUAAAAGUGGCAUUUUGAAUUGGUAGCUAGCAGUCCGAUAGCACUGUACCUUUGUUUUAUUAUCUGUAUUAAUGUGUUGUAGUUGAGAGCUUAAGUUCUUACUCCUACACAGCUGGUGUUUUUCAUUGAUAAUAUAAACUGUAUUUUGCAAUGAAAAGUUUAACUCUUAGCAGCUCCCCUGAAUGGGAGGUGGGAAAAAUUAAGGCAGUACAAAAUGGCCACCCCACCCCUGUGGACACUUAGUCUUGGCCAUCGUCCCACCCUGGCAGUAUGAGCCAUUUGUGUGAUUGGGUCUGUGAUACUAAGUGACAAGUGGAGCUCUACAACUGAUUGGCCUUAAAGAGCUUAGACUCAGGCCAUUGUCCCACCCUGGCGGAAUUGUCCAGUUGUAUAGUUGGGUCCUGUGAUAAGUCAUGAGGGUUUGAUGAGGUAAAAUGAUUGAGAAAGACUGUGCUAGAGCUAAGUAAGAAACAUUUCCAUUUUUUUUAAAGCAAUUUACCUAAUUGACAUAUUUUACAAUAUAUAUAACAAUUGAACUUGUACAGACCAGCAGCUGAUGAUGUCUUUGUUCUUAAACAAGAGCUGGUUUCAGUUCAAACUCUAAUGGACAACAUGAGCCAGGAAAGAGAGAAAGAAAAAGAAGUCUUGGAGAAGGAAUUAAGUCUGUUGAAAGCUAAGCAUAUUGUGUGAGUUUAAGUUAAUUUGAUGACCGAUUGCAGCCUUUUGAAGUCUGAGUAGUUACAGCCUUUUGUAGCAAUUAACAGAUUACAAAAGACAAAAGACAUCUCAGCUAAGUUAAAAAGAAAUUAUUAUGGGAAAAGCUACUUUAAAAAGCGGGUUGGGGUGGGGGGGGGGCAUAAUACUGCCUGUAAGCAAUUGUUCAACAGAUCACAUUAGCAUGGACAUAGCAUUUUAAGGCUCUUUUUUUUUAUUCAAAUGAAAGUUUGGUGUUUGCAUCAAAUGUGGAUCAUGUUACAUGCAUUGAUCCACAGUAGCACUCUCUGUUUAUCUGAACAAAUAUUUAAAAUAUUACACUAAAUUUACAGUUCAGAUCAAUAUAUAAUAUUUUAUUUAUUUAUUUAUUUAGGCAUUUUUAUAUAGCGCUUAUCAUAAAGCUCUAAGCGCUUUACAAUUAUUAAAACAUGUAAACUAAGUAAAUACAAAUGAGACACUAGGAUAGUAACUACUAUUCUAUAGAAACAAUGAAAAUGGCUAUAAAAAGAGGACACUUUGACACUUCAGGAUUAAACCGAAACAGAAAAUUAGGUAGGGCAAGGAGGGUGCAUCACAGGUCAUAGGCGGACCUAAACAGAUGAGUUUUAAGGGACUUUUUGAAAAUGGACGAGGUUUCACUAUGACGUAUAUGGAAGGGGAGCUGGUUCCAGAACGUGGGCCCAUGGAAGCAGAAGGAGCGUUCACCGAUGGUCUUAGUUUUAGUUCUUGGGAUUGAGAGGGUUCUACUGUCAAUGGAAGAACGUAGUUGUCUUGUGGGGAUGUAAGGAAGCAACAGUUCAGAGAGAUAGACAGGAAAGUGAGGGUCAGUGAACGAGUUGAAGCAAAGAUUGGAAGACUUGUAUUUGAUGCGAGAGGAUAUUGGAAGCCAGUGGAGUUGCCGCAUGUGUGGUUGAAUGUGGUCAUGUUUCUUUAAUUUAAAAAUGAGUCUGCAUGCUGAGUUCUGUGCCUUCUGAAGUUUUUCUAUGUGGUGUUGAGGAAUGCCUGAGAGAAGAAUGUUACAGUAGUCAAAUUUUGAAAGAAUGAGUGAAGAGACGAGAGUUUUUGUGGCAUCAAAGGAGAGGAGGUGUCUAAUGGUGCUGAUUUUUCUAAUUUCGUUAUAUGCUGAUCUGCAUAUAUUCGUGACAUGUUUGUCCAUGGAGAGGGUGUCCGUAAGCGUGACUCCAAGGUUUCUGGCAGAGGGAGAGAGUGUGAUGUCAGAGUUGCCAAUAGAUAUAGAAGAAGGAGCGAAUGGAGGGAGAGGUUUGUUUUGAGAGUGGAUGAGAAGGAUUUCCGUUUUAUCAUCAUUUAGCUUCAGUUUGUUGCAAGUCAUCCAACGCUUUACAUCGUCCACGCACUCCUGUAUGCGAAGGAUUGUGGCAUCAAGUUGAUCAGGAAAGCAAGAGUCACUGAUUUGAGUGUCAUCAGCAAAGGAUUGACUGGAAACUGAGUGGUGGCUAAUGAGAGAUGAUAGAGGUUUAGUGUAGAGGAUGAAAAGGACCGGCCCAAGGACCGAUCCUUGAGGAACUCCAAUAGACAGGGCUGAAGGUUUGGAAGAGCGGUUGGAAAUAGAGACUUUUUGAGUUCUGUCAGAAAGAUAUGAUUGAAACCAGUUUAAAGCUGAGCCAGUAAGUCCGAAAGAAAGAUGAAGGCGGUCAAGAAGAAUCUGGUGGUCAAUGGUAUCAAAUGCAGCAGAGAGAUCUAACAGAGUGAGAAUAGAGAGUUUGCCAUCGUCCAUCGCGCGCAGGAGGUCACUCAUGACUCGGACCAGUGCUGUUUCUGUGCUAUGACCAAGUCGGUAGGCGGACUGAGAGGAAGGAUAGAGAUUGCGAGAAUGAAGAUAGCCAGAGAGCUGAGAGAGUAUGAGUUUUUCUAUGAUUUUUGAGAGAAAGGAGAGGUUGCUGACGGGGCGGUAAUUCUUGAGUGUGUUUGGAUCAAGUGAGGGUUUCUUUAGGAGGGGCAGGACAAUCGACCGUUUAAAAAUGGGAGGGAAUAUGCCAGAGAGAAUCGAAGAAUUUAUGAUGGAGGUGAGUGCUGGGAGGAGGACGUCAAGGCAUUCUACAAGCAGUGGGACGGGGAUAGGAUCGAGGGCACAAGACUUGGGAGCAGACCUGAUGAUGACUCGCCUCACCUCAUCCUCAGUCACAGGCAGAAAACUAUCAAAUGAUUCUGUCUGACUAACGUCCUCCGAGAACGGUGAGGAAGGUGUAGGGGUCGCGCUGUCAAGCUCCUCCCUGAUCGUUUGCACCCUGGUGAUGAAAAAGUCCGCAAAGGCGUCAGGGAGUUGCUCUGGUGCAAUGUCGGUAGGGAGGGUGAAAUUCUUGCUAUUGCCAAGGAGACGGUUACUAGCGCUGAACAACGCCUUGGUUGAUGCACAUGAUUCGACCUUUGAACUCCAGUAGUCAUCCUUUGCCCUCUGUACAAUCUCUGCCACCGCAUCUUUCGCUGUCCAAAAGAUCUGUCUGUCGACACUCAGUCCGGUCUUUACCCAGCGUCUUUCAGCGCGUCUUCGCACGAGUUUUGCCAGACGGAGUUGGUCACUAACGCCUGCAUACCAUAGCGACGAGCGACCAGUCGGGACACGUCGCGCCAUGGGAGGGGCGUGCUCGUCCAAAAGUGCUCGGAGGCCAUCGUCCAGAUGCUGAGCGCUGAGCUCAGUACCUAGACCUUGAAGCAUUGUCUUAAUGCCGGCUUUGAAGGCUGCUCUGUCUAUAGCGUUUAUGUCACGCACGGUCCUGUAGACAGGUGGGUUCUUUGGGGGAACUACGUUGAGUGUAGUGAGCACCGCUGCAUGGUCAGAGGAGAGCAUAUGACUCACAGUACAGCUGUCCACCAAGUUGUCGUCAUCACGGUACACCACCCAGUUGAUGAUGUGGCCGCUGCGAUAGUAGGUGGGCUGCUUAAUGCCCUGGACAAGACUAAACCUUGUGAGGAUGUCUAGAUAAGGUCGCCCACGAUCACACUUGUUCCACGGAGCAGGUUGCAGUAGUCAAGUAGGUCAGGGAGCUCAGAGAGGAAGGUGGAGUUUAGGAGCUUGUUCUUCUUACUGGGCGGAGUGCGGUACAAGCAGAACAUGUUGACAGUGUGGGGCAUGUUGAGGGUGAACUGAACAAGUUCUAGAGAGGUGUGCUAAAUAAGGACUGAGUUUCCACCACUAAGUAAUGACUGAAUUUCUGCCAAUUUAUUUGGUUCAAGGCAGUCACCUCUUAAAUUUCAGGUUUCAGAAUUUGCUCAGUGAAAAAGAUUCCAGUGAAAAAGAAUUGAAGGCAACAAUAGAAAAGUUAAUAUAAUCUGCUGAUAAAUGUUUUUUGCUGUAGUUUUAAUUUAUUCCGCUUGUAUCAAUAACUCUAAUUUAUGACAAUAUUUAUGUUUAGAAAGGAGACUGAAUGUGAUGAACUAUUGGAAAGACUUGAGCAGGCUCCCAAAUCAGAGGAAGUCUUCAAGUAAGUCAGGUGGUUUUCAAGUACCUUUUCUUUUUAUAGGUAAAGUAGAUAGUGUUACAUAGUUUAUAGUGUUGCUGAGAUUACUUUGAGUUGUUAUAAGCUGCCACUUGUAAUUUGAUAGAGGAAACAAGUAGAGGGAAUGUUCUGAUUUGGCCAUGGGCUGAAGUUACAAUGCAAGGUCUAAAAGAUUCCCAGAGCUUUUGAAUUGUGUGUCCUUAAGAAAUGUAGAUAAUAGUGAUGAUUUGCAUUCUACAGCUUUGGUAGGCUUAAUGUUGGAAAAUAAUGAUUCACUUUUACUAAAUAAUAGUGAAUUCCCACCACUAAAUCUAAAUAUUGACUGAACUUCUAUACUAAAGUGACUGAAUUUCCUUCACUAAAAAACGACUGAGUUCCAACCUCUAAAUCUAAAUAAUGACUGAGUUUCCACCACUAAAUAAUGACUGAGUUUCCACCACUAAAUAAGGAUUGAGUUUCCACCACUAAAUAAGGACUGAGUUUCCACCACUAAAUAAGGACUGAGUUUCCACCACUAAAUAAGGACUGAGUUUCCACCACUAAAUAAGGACUGAGUUUCCACCACUAAAUAAGGACUGAGUUUCCACCACUAAAUAAGGACUGAGUUUCCACCACUAAAUAAGGACUGAGUUUCCACCACUAAAUAAGGACUGAGUUUCCACCACUAAAUAAGGACUGAGUUUCCACCACUAAAUAAGGACUGAGUUUCCACCACUAAAUAAGGACUGAGUUUCCACCACUAAAUAAGGACUGAGUUUCCACCACUAAAUAAGGACUGAGUUUCCACCACUAAAUAAGGACUGAGUUUCCACCACUAAGUAAUGACUGAAUUUCUGCCAAUUUAUUUGGUUCAAGGCAGUCACCUCUUAAAUUUCAGGUUUCAGAAUUUGCUCAGUGAAAAAGAUUCCAGUGAAAAAGAAUUGAAGGCAACAAUAGAAAAGUUAAAUGUGGAGCUGGACCAGCUGUCUGAAAGUAGGACCAAAGUAAGCCAACACAAACUGAUCAUAUCCCUAUCUGGUCUGUCAUCUUAAGUUAGUACAAGUUAUGAGUAAUGGUGAAAGUUUUGAUAGAAUCCUGGUAUGAAACUGAGUGCAUCAGAGGAAUUCUGAGUCAUUUGAGACAGUAUAACUGAACCAUUCCACUUGACUGACAGCCAGACAGGUCAAGUUUAGAUAUCAUAGGACACCUGCUUGUCUUAAUUCAUUGACCUUUUGACCCCGUGAUCAGCUUCAGGAACAAGUGGAUCAGUUGUCCUGCUCUGCUGGGGAGGGCCAGGGGGUGAUAGCCAAGCUACAAGAGAGCGCGUCCCAUCUGGAGGAGGAGAAGAAAAACUUGCACAACAGUCUGCUGACCACACAAGAUAUGUUGACCAAAUCACAGGCAGAGCUGGUCCAGGUAAGUCUGCAUUGUUCCUGGUGCGUGACGUGACGUGAUAACAUAUACAUUUUUUUGAACACGCACAACUUUUAGCAUAAUAUUUUUUCAACUCUUCAUGAACUUUAUCUUGUUCAAUCACAAUGAAAGCCAUUGAACAUUUGUUUUCAUCACAUUCAUUAUUUUGAUCCUACAUUAUUUUUUUUUAAUGAGCAACAUAACACUUGAUUAUUUUAACCUUUAUCCGAAAAUCAAAUACUAAAAUUGAUCUGAAAACAUCUAAAUGAGAUAACAUUAUAAUUGUAAAAAUAGAUGAUAUCUUGUCUAAUAAGCGUACCAGACAGCUUUGGUGUGGAAGGGGGCUGAUUUAAUGAGAUUUCUUUCUCAAACCCCCCAUUUCCAGUUUGAACAAGUCGUGUUUUGUUUUGAUGUUCAUUUGGUAUUUGACAUUUCAAGGCUCAAAAUAAUUUGGAAGAAACCAAGAAAUCCUUAGAUGAGCAUUUAGCAAGAGUAUCCCAGCUACAAGCUUCACUAUCUGAGAAGGAUGAAACCAUCAACAAUUAUAAGGAUGAAGUAGAUAGAAACAGAGAUGUCCUAGAGCAGCAGAAGAAAGAGCUCACAACGGUACGUCCUGAGCAUAGGCUCAUUAACAAAUGAACAGUGUCUGCAUUAAAUUCUGAGUGUAUUAGGGAUUUCCCAUCAAUUGAGUUUAAAGCUUUCACUAUUGAGUAGUAAGUAAUACAAUUUCAAAAACACUUAUUACUGAUUGUUGGCAUGCUGGUAGAAAACUCACAUGUUUGACCUGUAACUCACCUGCCACAUGUUUGACCUGUAACUCACUUGCCACAUGUAUUAACUUUCUUUGAUGCAACUUUUUUUUUACUCCAGCUCCUUUUAUUUCUUUUUCAUUUUUAUAAGUGAUUUUAUAAAUGAGUAUAUAAAACAUUACAUACAGUUUUUCAGAUAAAACAUUACAUACAGUCUGUUAAAUAAAACAUUUCAUACAGUCUGUCAAAUAAAACAUUACAUACAGUUUGUCAUAUAAAACAUUACAUACAGCCUGUCUAUGGUUAUCAAAUAUUAUAAAGAAUAAAAAUAUUUUAACUUUGAUAUUAGCUGAAAAUUUUUCUACAUGAUCAAUGAAAGGAAUAUUCAGACAAAUUAUUUCUAUUGUCAAUUGUUUAGAGAUUUUUUAAAAUGUGACUCACUAAAUAUUUAAUGAGUAUAUUCUUUAAAACUGUCUUAUUUGAAAUCCCCAAUGCAGCUAAGCAACAGGCUAGAAGCCAGUUCUAAGACAGGAGAGGAACACUCCCUUGAGAUUGAAAAACUCCAGACUUCAGUGGAGGAGAAAACAAAAACCCUGAAGGACUCUCAAGAAGAAUGUGACAGACACAGAGAGGCACUAGAGGCUCUCAAAUAUGAAUUUACUGUGGUAAGGUCACUGUGGCGUAAUCUCUCAUGUUCAGUUUUACUUUCAUAAGAUGAUACAUUUGAACAAACAUGAAGCGGUUUGAGUAACAACAAAGGGAGUAGUUGAACAAAAUGAAAUAAUGAUGAACUUUGUCUUGCUCUUCUUUGGCUUGCUCAAGUGUGUGAGAAUCACUGUUGUUAUGUGUAGGUUACUAUUGUUAUGUUUGGUAUGGAAAGGAUGUUUAGUUUAGAGAUUAUAUGUGUAGCUGUAUCUAUUAUGUGAGAUAGUUGUGACGUAUUUGGGUAAGAAGAAAUGUUUUGUUGUUUAUAUAGUGGAUUGAUGGCCUUUGGUGUGGCUUGUUUCGUGUGUUGAGGAUUUCGGCUAGGUGUAUUGUUAAGGGAGAACCUUGAUUUGUUUAACGAAUUGGAUUGUUAGUACGGUAUACAUUACUCCGUCAUGUUGUGAUAAUGUAUAAUAAACUAACUUAUAGCGUGCAACAAGAUAGCAAGUUUGGUGUAUUGGUAUCAGUUACACUAGUCCAUGUGAAGAAGUGAGAGACUAUAAUAUCUGACAAGUAAGCAUCUGACAUCAAAGGUUAGAUGAACACAAGACAGUAAGAUCUACAUCUUAUCAAUAACUAACCAUUUGUAACAUUAAUAUAAUCUUGAUCUUCUGACAUAUGUCAACAUUACAGUCAACAUUACAGUCAACAUUACAGUCAACAUUACAGUCAACAUUACAGUCAACAUUACAGUCUGGUCACAAAUAAAAAAAACAAGUCUCAAGAGUCUCAUUUCACUAGCAAAUAAUUCUUCAGCCGAUAAUUUUCAAAUUAAGAGUUGGAUAGAUUUUUAUAAUAGAUAUAAUUGGCAGAUUCAAAGCAAGCUGGAGGAAAGUUCUAAAACUUUAGAAGAGCGCUGUGCAGAGAUUUCUCAACUUCAGAGUUCAGUAUUUGAGAAGGAUGAAACCAUCAGCCAAUUACAAGAAGCUUCAGACCAAAGCAAAGAAAUCUUGUCAGAGCUACAAACUGACUUGGAAGGGGUAAGGAGUUUCUCUUUAGGACCUCUGUCAGUUGAUGAUGAAAUAUUUCUUACAUCAAUUAUUUUAUUUUAUUUUCUUCUUUAGUACAAAUCCCGUGUAAUCAAGAUCAAAGAAAGGUAAGAAAAGGGUGGGGCAGAGACUGAAGUCAGGCUAGGUGUAAGGAAAUAAGUGAACCAAAGUAUGGUAAAAUCUGAAAAAAAAAGGACGCAACAAAACAACAAACGUUUUGACAAGAAUCCUUUUUCAUCAAACAGAUAACAGUAAAAAAAAUAUAUAAAGGUAAACUCUUGGCCGCAAUGUAUUAUCCAAAAGGAUAUCAAGAGGCUUGGCUUAUUUCCUUCAAGAUCAAAGAACAAGGGUAAAAAGUGGAAUACAUUUUUUUUUUGUCAUUGUUUAGGCAAAUCAAACUCUGGCUGAUAAAAGCAGACAGCUUGAAGAUUUACUGAAGGUCAUGGGAGACACUGAGAGCUCAUCUCAGACUGUCCUUCUGAUGAAAGAUCAGCAGGUCAAUGAACUCAAGUUCCAAGUGGACAAGGUGGGCACCAUUUUCUAGAAUUUUGUGCUGUUUUUUUGUACAGUCAUAACCUUGCUUAGUAUUGAUAAGUUCUUUGUUUUAAACAUUUGGUAAAAAAAAGUUGUAGAAUAAUUUGAUGUCACCAAUGACCUAUAUAUCCAAAACUGUCAUGUCAUUUUCAGCUUCAGGUGGACAUCGACACAAAGUCCAGUGAGAUCCUUGACCUACAGAAUCAGCUGGCUACUUCCCACAGAGUCUUUGAAGACGAGGUACGUAUUUUUGUUAGUCAUCUUACACAAAUUUGAUUUGAAGAACUUGAAUAUGAAAAUUAUGAAAAUAAAUUGGAAUUUAUAGAGACAGCAUUGAUGUUAACCAAAUAUGUACAAAGGGGCCUUGGAUUUCACUUACUCUGAUGUGGUCUUGAUCCUAAUAUAAUUUAUGUCCUAACUGUAGGAAUUAUUAUGUGUUUUUAUUUUUGAACCCUGACAUCUGUCAUCUACUUCCUAAACACAGAGAAGGUCAUGUGAUGAACUGAAAGCUCAAGUUAUUGACAGGGAUACAAGACUCGAGGAGGAAGCCAGAAAACUUGUGAAUACGUGAGUUAAAGCUUUAAGAAAACUUGUGAAUAUGUGAGUUAAAGCUUGAAGAAAACUUGUGAAUACGUGAGUUAAAGCUUUAAGAAAACUUGUGAAUAUGUGAGUGAAAGCUUGAAGAAAACUUGUGAAUAUGUGAGUUAAAGCUUUAAGAAAACUUGUGAAUAUGUGAGUGAAAGCUUGAAGAAAACUUGUGAAUAUGUGAGUGAAAGCUUGAAGAAAACUUGUGAAUAUGUGAGUGAAAGCUUGAAGAAAACUUGUGAAUAUGUGAGUGAAAGCUUGAAGAAAACUUGUGAAUAUGUGAGUGAAAGCUUGAAGAAAACUUGUGAAUAUGUGAGUGAAAGCUUGAAGAAAACUUGUGAAUAUGUGAGUGAAAGCUUGAAGAAAACUUGUGAAUAUGUGAGUGAAAGCUUGAAGGAAACUUGUGAAUAUGUGAGUGAAAGCUUGAAGGAAACUUGUGAAUAUGUGAGUGAAAGCUUGAAGAAAACUUGUGAAUAUGUGAGUGAAAGCUUGAAGGAAACUUGUGAAUAUGUGAGUGAAAGCUUGAAGAAAACUUGUGAAUAUGUGAGUGAAAGCUUGAAGAAAACUUGUGAAUAUGUGAGUGAAAGCUUGAAGAAAACUUGUGAAUACGUGAGUGAAAGCUUGAAGAAAACUUGUGAAUAUGUGAGUGAAAGCUUGAAGGAAACUUGUGAAUAUGUGAGUUAAAGCUUGAAGGAAACUUGUGAAUAUGUGAGUGAAAGCUUGAAGAAAACUUGUGAAUAUGUGAGUGAAAGCUUGAAGAAAACUUGUGAAUAGGUGAGUGAAAGCUUGAAGAAAACUUGUGAAUAUGUGAGUGAAAGCUUGAAGGAAACUUGUGAAUAUGUGAGUGAAAGCUUGAAGAAAACUUGUGAAUAUGUGAGUGAAAGCUUGAAGAAAACUUGUGAAUAUGUGAGUGAAAGCUUGAAGGAAACUUGUGAAUAUGUGAGUGAAAGCUUGAAGAAAACUUGUGAAUAUGUGAGUUAAAGCUUGAAGGAAACUUGUGAAUAUGUGAGUGAAAGCUUAAACAGACCUGUUUACUCUUACAAUUUUGGCGUAUAAUGUAGGAUUUUUAGAUGUCUUUUACGAUUGUACGCCGGGACCCGCUAAAACUACAAUUUUCAGAGACCAGGUCAAAAAAUAUUUGGGUAAUUUUUUUUACUAUACUUUUUUUUUCUUUCGGUUGUUGAACUUUCUUAUAAUGAUCUGGCAGUGAAUGGACAGAGAAAAACGAUUGGUGUAAUUAUUUUUUUAAAGUUGGGACCAUCUUUCAUUUUAUUAUGCACGCAGUGAGAGGGGAGUUGGGGGUUGAUGAUCACGGAAAGACGUGUUACUAGACAACAGUUUGUGUUACUAUGGUAUGUUAAAUAAUACUACUAUGGCGAUCUCCUUAUGAAAACAAAGCAUUAGUAUAAAUAUGAGUAUACGAUAACUGCGAAACAUUGUGGUGAUGUUUUUAUAGCCUUAAUAAUAAUAAUAGGCCUAAUUAGAAUUCAUGGAUUUCACAGAUUUUCAAAUGACAGUUGGCUCUAUAAAAGACUGUCUGGAUAAUUAUUGUAGAAAAUAUGCAUAAAUGUAGGUGCAUUCUGGUGACAACCCCCCCCCCCUUCUCAUCAAAGCUGUGAUACACAUCCUCAGCAUGCAUGUAAUAUUUGGAUAGCCCUUUACGUUGACAAAGUGCAGAUGGGUGAGGGGGUAUGAAUAUUUUUUAAUCUUUUAACUUUUAUUUUGUGUAUGAAUGUCUCAUUGUCCAAACAGCUCUGUCAUUCGAAUUUAGCUACAUUGACGAUGUGCACAUUGCAUGAUUUUAUUGUUAUCAUAAAUGGAAUUGGGGAUCCUUUUUGUUUUCGGUAGCUUAGUUUUGUUUACUUAGUUAGUAUAUAAGUCCAGACCUGUUUCCUCUUACGAUUUUGGCGUACAAUGUUGGAUUUUAAGAUGUCUUUUACGUACACAAGACGGGGCAAGAGGUGGGGGGAUAGUCAAAAACAUACACAUGCAAUGGGGUGGGGGGGUGAGUGACUCUUUAUGCUUACAAACAAUAUAGAUUGCAUCUCAUCAUGUUUCUUUGCGUCGAUGCUGUAUGACGUCAUUUUGUGACAAUUAUUUCUUACGGCUGACCGUUCAUCUAAAUAUCAAUUGAUAUCCAUAGCAGAUACACCUCUGCAAACAAAGUGACCGCAGUUUGCAAAUAACGUCAGUCAUCUACUUUUUACCGUUCAGUUACUUUUUUUUAAGCCAGCUUAACUUGAUCCCACUAACCACGCGGUGCGAGUAGUUAUUGCAUACAUUAUAUACACGGUAUGUUUAUAACAUACCGUAUUGUACGAUUUUGAGACGAUAUUGUACGAUUUUAGGAGUAGGAGGGUAGAGAGGUCUGCUUAAAGGAAACUUGUGAACAUGUGAGUGAAAGCUUCGCUACUAUCUUCAUAAUGUGCAUGGAUUUUGUUAAUUGCAAACAUGUUUUCACAUUUAGAAAUGAGUUAUAUUUACUUAUUGAACAUGAACUAAAUUUUACCAUAAAAUACUCCAAGUUUUCUUGCUGGCUGAACAUUUGAGCACAUGAACAUGCUCACUGAACCAGUCAGCUGAUACUUUGAGCACAUGAACAUGUUCACUGAACCAGUCAGCUGAUACUUUGAGCACAUGAACAUGCUCACUGAAUCAGUCAGCUGAUACUUUGAGCACAUGAACAUGCUCACUGAACCAGUCAGCUGAUACUUUGAGCACAUGAACAUGCUCACUGAACCAGUCAGCUGAUACUUUGAGCACAUGAACAUGCUCACUGAACCAGUCAGCUGAUACUUUGAGCACAUGAACAUGCUCACUGAACCAGUCAGCUGAUACUUUGAGCACAUGAACAUGUUCACUGAACCAGUCAGCUGAUACUUUGAGCACAUGAACAUCCUCUUUCAAAAUGAGAAGUUUAAAAGUCAUUUAGUAUUUACCAUCAAUCAGAUGAAUGUUUUGAGUCUGACAACAGCUGAGCCAGUUUGUUCUGUUUGAAUAAUUCAAUCUGAUAUUUGUCUCCAGUGAAGAAAAGCUGAAAGAUCUUGAAGUCAAGCUGACAUACAUGUCUGAUGCGAAGCUUAGACUGGAGACGGAGAGGCAAGAAUUAGUGGCAAAGGUAGAAACCUUAAAGUUAUACUUUAGGAAGAACUGUCUUAAAGUAGAUUAGCUGAAUUAAAUAGCAUGUAGGGAAGAUGAUUACAUGUUGGCGUUAAUGAAUAUGAGGCAUGGGGUGGGUUGUGGCAACCUCAUGCCAAUGAUUCUAUGUACACAGCAAUUGAGGAAGCUGUUCCUAGGUUACCGUUUUGUCCCAGCUGCUGCAUAAAUUAGUUGCGAGGUAGAUACCCACUGUAGAAAUCCCUAUGAGAGGGCAUCUGACACUUCCCCGCGAUGGGCUGUGAGAUCAGCGUCACCGGCUGUCCUUGUGCUGGCGUGGCCUCCGUUGGUACCCGAUUAAGUGAAUGCUGGCAGGGGCUUCGCUGCCGAAUACUCGGGGUGGGGGGGGGGGGGUUUUAGGGGAGGGCAUAAGAGCUUGGUACUAGAUUGACGGCUCGCUGAGGUCAAUUCCUCAUGUACAUUUUUAGUAGUAUGAAAUAAACUAGAAAUAUAUUUAAAAAAAGAAAACCGAAUACUCGGGGUGGGGGGGGGGGUGUUUUAGGGGAGGGCAUAAGAGCUUGGUACUAGCUUGACAGCUCGCUGAUGUCAAUUCCUCAUGUACAUUUUUAGUAGUAUGUAAUAAACUAGAGAUAUAUUUCAAAAAAGAAAUGUUCCAACUUUAUAAGUAACUGUGGCUAUAGCAACCCUUCUCAAGAGUCUGUUGACAUAAAAGUGGGAUAAUAGGAUCCCUUACUUAGCUUACAUGGACAUAUAAUUGUGAGUGUAGGAUCCCUUACUUAGCUUACAUGGACAUAUAAUUGUAAGUGUAGGAUACCUUACUUAGCUAACAUUGAAUCUAAAUGUUUUUUGUUCAGAUAGAUGCAGGAGAAGGGGCCAGUGAGUUAAUAAGUCAGAUGAAACAAGAAAAUGUAAGUAGUUUUACUCUUUGGUGAGUUUUACUCUUUGAUGAGUUUUUCUCUUUGAUGAGUUUGACUCUUUGAUGAGUUUUACCUUUGACAAUUCAUAUCUUUAAGAAAUUAAAUUCAACCCAUUGUUUAGUCUAGCAGUUUUAGUACCCAACACCUUGAUCUAUUGCAGUAGUUUUCAACGGGUGUUUCAUGAAACACCGGAAACUUUAAAGGUGUGUUGCAACAUUUUUGUAGAAAGGAUUAAGACAAGAUUUCCUCGGGGUAUUGAACUUGCAAAGUAUUGUAAUUAUAAUAUAGUUCAUCUGAUCUAAACGGCCUAUAUUAACAAUCGUAUUCCGCUUGCAAGCUGCACCUCACCAAACCAGGAAUACUUGCAUGCUGUGUCACAGAAUCUUAGUCAUUAGUGUUAGUUUCUUGUUAGAUAAUCAAUAUGUUUGAAAUAUGCUGAUCUGCUGACACCUAGGAUAAAUUUGGAGAACAAAUUGAUACACAUUUAUGGGACCUUGACACAAUGGAUGGCAUGUUUUCUUUUAGCUGUUGAAUCCCUCUCUCUCUAUGACCAAUCACUGUACACUUCCUUUCCCUUCUUCCAAAUGUUUAUUAUAUUAACUACGCAUAUUUUUUUCACACCGUCCACUUAAUCUUUGAGGACUCAAUACUGGUGAUUGUCUUAUUAUGUUGUUUGGGAUCAAUUUUAUUAUUGUAUGACCUAUCUGUCAGCUCGGAUUUUCUGGUGCGCCCUGAUGUUUUGGAAUCCAGGCGGGCAAGUAGGUUUGAAGUCUUUUUUCUUUUCAAUAUUUUUUACUGACUGCCAUUUUUAUGAACAAAAGAACAAAAGAACAUUCUAAAUUUGUCUCUCUCAUCAUUUGCAUAAAGUUUCGAUUAUUUUUGGGUAAAGCAGAAGUCAUCUUACUUUCAGUUUUUCUUUCCGUGAUAUCUAACUCAGAUCCCCCAUCUUUAAUAAUCUAAUGGACGCAGUCCUCACCACAAUACAGUAACCAUUGUCUUCCAUCACAGAAUUCUGUGGACUGCUUUCAGCUAAGUUUAUCUUUAUGUCCCUCUUUGUCUGCUCUUGAAGGCCUUUUAUUUAAAACCUUCUUUGUUUAGUUGUGUGAUCUUUCAGGUUUUCCCCUACUCUGUGUGUUAUAUUUCAUAUUGUAUAAAACCAAAAUAGCAAAUAUUGCAGUUGUUAUAAAAUUAAAAAGAUAACUUGUAUAUUGUAUGGUAAAAUUACAAUCUAAGUUUGAGAACACCAUGGUUGUAAUCAAUGGUUUAAUUUGAUUGGAACAUUUUGUUUCAUAGAGUUCACUCCAGGAGAAACUCACAGCCUUAGAAUCAACCCUGCAGACCCAAGCUGCAGAGUCCAGUAGCAAGGAAGAGAAUCUCCAUAAACAGCUGAGGGAGGUCAGGAGCCAAAUGCAGGAGGGUGAGGCCAAGGUCACCAAACUGGAGGCAAGUCUAGAGGAGAAAUCAGCAAAACUUAACACUCUCCAGCAGAAGGUGCAUGGCCUGGAGUCUGAGUUGAAAGUUAAAGUGAGUUCAUUUUUUGUCAAGUUCAUGGUCAUUCAUAGCUUAUGUGCUUGGCAUGAUUCAUUCAAUCAUAGAUGGAAUAUUUGCCAUUAAACAGAUAAGAGUUCAAUGGAACGGUUUUACAAUCUGCAGCUUAGUGUUCAAUUUUAUAAUUUUGUUUUUAAAAAAAAGAAAUGAACAAUCUUUGAGCUUCUUUCAGCUAUUUCUUUUCUCUUCCAAAUGUAGGCAGAGUUGCUCCUGGCAUCAGAGUCAGCUAAAACAAGUCAGAGAGCUGACCUGGAGAACCACAUAAAGACUGUCAACAGCUCCAUGGAGAAGGUCACUGCUCAACUGACCACUGUCAAAACACAGCUUGAUCAGGUAACCCUACGUUGCUUGCGACAUCUGUUACACCAUUUCUGUUUUCUCUAUGUAAAAAAUUCAAAGUCCUCUAAUUUUUUUUAUUACAAUGCUCAAAAUACUAUCAUCAUCAGCCAUAUUAAUAUUUGAAAUGAAUUGUAGGAUUAAAUGUAACUUAAUACUCAAUACAGUAACUUCAUGAUUUUUUUAUUUAAAUCUGAAUUUAAAAAAUUAUUAUUUUCAAGUGAAGGUAAAGACUUGAGUUGAUGCUUGAUGAUUAUAUAAUAGUAAAGUGAAAGUACUUGACUUGUGUACAAGUCCCUGCCUCUGUAUGUCACCAGGCCAACAAUGAUGUCACUGCUAAGAAAGAUAAGAUAACUCUGCUGGAAGCCAAGCUCCAUGAACAAAAAGAGAAAGCAUCACAAGCUAACCAGAAAAUUAAUGCAUUAGACAGGGAACUUAAAGAAAAGGUCAGAUUUUUCAAUUUGCCUGUAAAUUUGAACUGAUCAGUUUUUAUGAACCAAACACACAGUAAAGGGAAAUCUUGUAAAUACAUAAAGAUAUCUUCAUCAGUGUCCUACUUAAAGUCAUUUUUUUUAAAUUAUUUAUAUUAUAUUUUGUUUAAAGAUCUAUAUAUCUUUUAGAUCUUUUUUAAAUAUAAAUCAUACACAAAAAACUUGGGGGGGGGGGGGGGGGGGGGUUUAAAAAAUACUUCUUAUGGCUUUUUUUAAAAUUAUUAUUAUUUUUUAAAAUAUGUAUAUUAUGGGGUUGUUUUUUUUACAUCAAAGGAGGUUAUUAAAAAAUAGGAAUAGUUAAAUUGUAGGCAUUCAUGGUAAGAUGUUAAAUGGAAUGACUUUAUUUUAUCCAAUUAAAAUAUCAGAAUUCCAAACUGACUCAAGUAGAUAAAGAGACAAAGGACUUGGAGAUUGCACUGACUGUGAACAAGCAGGCUUUGGAUGAAACUAAAGGAAAACUUAAGAAAGUGCAGCAGGAUCUUGAAACAGUGAGUGUCUGUGCAAGGUUAAUCAAUCAGAAAAAUGUAUUUGUCAAUAUUUAUUAUACACAGAGAGCAUUGUUUCUCAUGUUAAAAAAAAAAAAUAUUUAAAUACUGAUUGGACAUUUCCCCCCCCCCCCCCUUUUCCCAUCCGGACAGUGGUUUAUGGUAUUCUAUGAAGUCAUAUAACCUAAAAUCUAAGUAUAGAUGAACUUAUCAAUUUUUUUUCCUAUUAUGAAACUAUGACACUUGGUUAUCACAAGUUGGGGCCUUCAAUUGGAAAAGUUGAGGAGCACUUGUCUCAGCUGAAAUAUUUAAAGAUUUAAUCUAUGAACAGGAGAGUAAGGCAAGGACAGUUGACAAGACUGAUUUCUCGAAAAAGCUUGAGACUUUGGAUGCUGAGAAGUCUGAGUUACAGCAGAAGCUUCAAACCCAGGUAAGGGUCUGGCAUAAAACAUGGCCUCAUCUUUUAAGUUAAGUUUUGUUAAUUUGAACAUAAAGGAAGGUUUAGUUCCUUGUAAAUACUUUUCUUUUAUCAACCAUUUUUAAUUAUUUUGAUUUAAAAGUAUUGUUUUUUUCUACAUUGAGCAUUAAUAUAUAAAUGAAGCUUAGUUAUAGACAUUGCUAAUUACUGGUUUUAAUUUCAAUGGCUUUGAAUACCUAUAAAAAUGUGUUGUUGUCAUUUUAGAGCACAAGCUUAGCAGAAAUUGAGAAAAAUCUGACAGAGACUUCAAAACUACUUGAAGAAGUGAGGAAAAAUUUAACAAAUACUCAGACUGAGCUCAAGAAUAACCAGGAGGAAUUAACAAAGGUAUUUUAUCAUUCCUUACUUUUGCCCAUAUCUGUGAUCAGGACAUUUCUCAUUCUGCUGUCACCCUAAAUAGUGAAAGAACUUUCAAAUCUAAAAUAACAAUUUAUCUCAUAAUUAAACUAUAUUAUUGUUUGAGCUACCCUUUUUUUAAUUCUCAGUUAAAGGAGAGCUCUAGUUCCCAAAUUGCAUCUUUAACAUCACAACUGGAGAGAGAAAAAAGCUUAGCAGACGGUGCCAAGCAAGAAUUGCAAAGACAGGCAAGUGUUAUUUAUUAUUUAAAAUGAUUUUUUUUUAAACCUUUGGCCUGUUAUUACAGAAAUAUUUAGUUAUGUUAAAAUUCGUUGAAAAAAAAAAGAUCAGGCCAAAUUAAUAAAACAGUAAUUUAUUAAAAAUCACAGAGGUGGCUCCAAAAUAUUUCAAAAUCUAUGAGGCUUGUUGGGAUCAAUAAAUAGAUGAAUAAUAAAUAUUCCAACUUUUUAUACUCUGAUUAUUGACAGGUUUCUGCUUUGACAGAUGAAAGAAAUACUUUGAACGAGGAGAAAAUAGCAUUUGUCAGCAAAAUCACUGAGCUGACGAUCCAGUCUCAACAGAAGUCCUCCGAAAUUGACAGUAUAAAAGAGCAGCUAGAGAAAGAGAAGGUAUUCAGCAAAUAUAAAUAAUUUGAAUUUGUUGAAUUUAUAUUUUUGCUUUACUUAGACAAAUGAACGUGUGUGUUUCAGAAAGAUAAUGAAUCAGAAAAGAAACGCCUGGAGUCUGAGUUCAGUGGCAAAGAAGCAGAGCUUCAAGACGUGAUCAAGUCACUCAAUGACAGCAUUGCUUCAGAAAAGGUGAGAAUUUCACAAUUUUAAUAGAACCAAAUUUUCUUGCCCAAUUUAAGAUUUGGGCAACUUAUUAACAAUGUAGUGACAUAUCUAUGUGCUGUUUGUAUUGUCUUAUUUAUAGAAUUAAUAUUUGUCAUUUUUCAAAAAGAAUAAUAGCAUGGAAGCCAUUUUAAAGUUAAAAGUAGUAGUAGCAACCUUUACCAAACUAUUUUUUGUUUGAUUGUGAUAAAAUAUUUCUGGAUGACAAAGUGGUUAUUGUUGUCUGCAUCCACAGCAAAUUGUAGAAGCCAAGGACAAAUCUCUACAGGAGCUGAUGCAAAAGGUUUUUACUUUCUCAAUGAAUUGCAUCAUACAACAUUUAAUGGAAAAGCUAUGAUUAAUUUAUUAACUCAAAAUGUGUGCUUUUUUUUUUUUAAUAUCACUUGUUAUUAAUCUGUAUUUAAUGUCUAAUUCUAAUUAUACCUGUUUAUAACAGAUUAACAAUCUGGAAAUAGUCCAGUCUUCUUUAGAAUCCAACAAACAGGAACUUGAGACCAAAAUAUCUGAGCUACAAACUAAAGUUGAUGUACUAGUAAGUCUAUUAAAUAUUGAGGUCAUAAAACAACUUAUUGUGUGCUCAUAGAUUUUUGACAUUUAAUAUCACAAUAUCUUGUGCUUAAAUAACAAAAGUUUAGCAUUUUUAUAAAUUUGUUAACAUAAUUAAUUUGUUUUCUCUGUAUUUAUUUUAAGAUUGCCUGUUUGAGUUUUUAGAAGCUUUUUGAUCAUUAAAUAAUAGAUGUGUUUUAACAAAGACUGAAAUGCAUUUGUUUUUAUUUGACUGUCCCAGCUUCAAGAUAAGAGUUCAACAGAGAAGAAUUUGUCUGGGUCACUGCAAGCAGCAGAGUCUAAGCUUACAGAAGUCACUGCACAGCUGAAGGUAGCUAGAGCAUCUUGUCUUGUAUUAACUACAUAGAAAGUAACGGGAAUACUUAGUGUGUUACUUCCAAGAAUUAUUGAAAUGUAUGGACUAGCCAAGACCCCAGCUGACUAACCAGCAACCCAACUGACUAGUCAAAACACCAGCUGACUAGCCAAUACACCAGCUGACUAGCAAAAACACCAACUCACUUGCCAAAACACCAACUGACUAGCCAAAACACCAACUCACUUGCCAAAACACCAACUCACUUGCCAAAUCACCAGCUGACUAGCCAAAACACCAACUGACUAGUCAAAACACCAACUCACUUGCCAAAACACCAAAUUACUUGCUAAAACACCAACUCAAUUGCCAAAACAACAACUCACUUGCCAAAACACCAGCUGACUUUCAAGCAUCUGAAUGAUCCUUACCUCCAAACAAAAAUAAUGUUGAUAUAUUUUUUUAGCUGUAAAGAAUUUUUUUUUUUUUGAUACAGAGUACUGAAGAGAAACUUGAACGAAUUGAAGUGAAAAAUGAAGAGUUAAAUCUGAAGCUGGAUCAGAGAAAUGAAGAGCUUAAAACAAGAACAGAUGAACUGGAAUCUGCCCGUAGCAGAGAAACUGAGUUAAACAAUUCAUUUGAAGAGCUCAGUGAGGUCAGAUACUUUUUUUUUUUAUCUCUAUGUAAUUUCUUGUACUGUUAAAAUUAGAAUUUAUCAAAUAAUAGAACUGAUAAUUAAAGAAUUGUUAUACCAUCCUUAAAGAAUUUUAUUGGUUUAAUUUUUAAUUUAGGGUUCAGAUUUUUUAUACAGGAAAAAACACACACACACAUCUUAUCAGUAAUUGCCAUAAAAAAUUUUCACCUUGUUUUUUAAGGUUCGAAGUGCUAUGAAUGCACAAAUGUUGGAACUGGACAGAGAGAAGAAUGAAGCUGUUCAACUGAAGGAGACAUUGUUGAAAGAAAAGGUAACAAGCCUAGAUUUAAGUAAGAUUAGAAAACACACACACCCCCGCAAAAAUGGAGUUAAAUUGUACCAUGUGGAAAAUCCAUCUGUAGUCUGGAACUAAAACAUUUUUAGCUUGUGUUGUACUUGUAAUAAAAUAAUUAUAAUUUGGCUGUAGUGAUGUAGUAAAUAGUGAAAUAACAGUAUCAAGAGAAUAUUUUACAUUUUCUGUAGGUUAUUAUAACGAGAUCCAUCUUACAUUUUAUACUAGCAUAAGAAUGCCAUGUCAUUCUACAAUAAAUAUUUUCUAAUAAUAAAAUAUCUUGUUCAGCCCCCUUUCAUUUGGUUUACAUUAGAAAAGUCUUAAAGUGAAUCACAUUUAAAUUGUUUAAAUCAUUAAAAUAUUUUUUAAAAUAUUUUUAAAAAACUUUUUAGUACCAUGUUUAAAAAUUAAGUUACAUCCUGGACCAAAAUUGUCAUAAUAUGGUACUGUCACAUGUGUGAAAAUUGUUUUUGUAGAAGUGGGCAAAAAAAUUUAUUACAAGAAUUUUAACAAAAAGCAUAAAACCAGCCUAAAGAAAAUUACGUAAAUAGCACAAAGGAAUUUUUACCCAUAAUUUCUACCAAUUAUUAUCCCCAUAUUUCAAAUUUUGUAAGAAUAAAUUUGUUAGCUCAUUAUUCAACAUAUCUGUACAAAAACAUUCAUUUAUUUCUUGUCUUCUUAUUUGUUAGGCUGCUCUGGAGCAAGAGAGGAAUGAUCUGCGAAAGUUGUUGACAGACACCGAAGCCCAAAGAAACCAAUACCAGAAAGAUGCUGAGUCACUGAAGUCAUCACUGGAAACAGAGCAGGAAGAGAGAACCAAUGUGAUUCCCUUUACCAUACAACUUCCAUAUAUAAAUCAUAGAUUAAGUUCAUUUCAUGUGUCAAGGGGAAGCGCAGGACACAAUAAGUGAGAAAGAGACAAUACAAAUUUUAAAAAUUCUCUAAUGUGACACAAAUGGCUCAUGACCUUCUACAACUCAAUCCACCAUUGUGGUGGUUAUCUUUUCUUAACAUAACUUUUAUUUUUAUUCCAUUUUGUUUAGUAUUUAAAAUAUAUUGUAUUUUAUUGUGGUUUUAUUUGGUGUGUUGGUGUAAUACAGCUAUUGUCACUACGCUUUUUCUUUAUCCUAUAAGAGAGUGAUGAAUGAGUAAACCAGUCUUUAAGAAAUCAAGAUUUAUCUCCAAAGGGGAAAAAAGUGAUCAUUUUUUUUUUUUUUUUAAAGCUUUUAAUUUAAUUCAUAAGUUGUAUUUUUUUUAAUUUUAACAGUUUACAAUACUGUAAAUUUGUUUUUAAAACUUAAUGUGUUGGUGUAAUACAGCUAUUUUCACUACGCUUUUUCUUUAUCCUAUAAGAGAGUGAUGAAUUAGUAAAUCAGUCUUUAAUAAAUCAAGAUUUAUCUCCAAAGGGGAAAAAAGUGAUCAUUUUUUUUUUUUUUUUAAAGCUUUUAAUUUAAUUCAUGAGUUGUAUUGUUUCUAAUUUUAACAGGUUACAAUCCUGUAAAUUUGUUCUAGAAACUUACAAACUCUGCUCCAUUUUAGUGUUUGACCUGGGUCAAGGUUAGAGAGAAAUUUCAGUCUCAUCUCAGCUGGAAAAUGUUUCCCCAGGACCAUCUUGCAUAAUAAUUACAAAGUUUAUCUAUAAAUAAUCAUUUCAUUUAUCCAUUUAUUGUCCCUCAAAAAAAAAAAAAAGUUACUAGAAUUUAGUAAUUGAAAUGUUCUUUGUUUAAAAGCCAAACUAAUUCUUUCUGUGCAGGAAGUUUCUGGUCUGAAGGAGGCCAAAGAUUUACUUAUACAACAAAAAAUGGAGAUUCAAGCAGAGCUGCACAAAAUACAAGGGGAGUCUGGAAGAUUGAAAGAUCAGUUCGAUAAAAUCAAGCAGGAGGGAGAUGAAGUACAAAUGAUAUUGCGUCAGGAUAAUUCAACAUUGCAAGAUAAAUUGGUCAGUUCAUUUGAUUGUCAUCAAGCUUUUCAACACCUGAACAUAAUUUUAUGACCUGGAAUAUUCUGAAACUUCUGUUUCGUAAUAUGAGAUAUGUUUAAUAUGAGUAUUUAUUACUUGAACAGUUCUAUUUACAUCUUAACAAUUUAUAAACCAUUAUCUAAGUUAUUGAUGCUAAUGUAAAUUAUAAAAUGCUAUAUUUUUUAAUGUCAUAGUAAAAUAAUAUUUAGCAUUAUUUUGCAGUGAGAGUUUAAAUAGCCCUUUUAAAUCUCUUUUUGGCAACUGAAUUUUCUCCCUUGAUAAAUCUAAGUUUUUUCCCUUUGAUAAUCAUAUAAGCUUAAAAAAAUAUUUUUUGGGAAUCGUAAAGCGAGUCCUUAACUCUCUGCAGUCCGACUAUAGAGAAAUGGUACAUAUAAGUACCAUAGAUUUUGUGGGUGGGUUAUUUAUUUUUUAACUUUUUUUUUUAUUGAAAAAAAUUAUUUAUUAUAUUUUAAUAAUUUGUUUCAUUGGCUUAAGUAUUUGUAAAAAAAUUAAAAUUAUUACAAAAUUUGAAAUUACUAUUUAAAAAAAUAUUUUUGGAAACUUAUUCAGCGCGGAGUAUCCCUUGAAAGCUUCGCAGAUUUCCAAAAAAACAAAAAAUAUAAGUCUCACAAAAAAAAUUAAAUAGUAGUAUGAAUAUUGUCAAAUGAUUUUAAUUUCCCGAUUUAUCAAGGAGUUAUUUGUUUGUCUAAAGCAAUGUAUCCAAAUGGAGACUCUAAUCAUGAAAUUUAUCACGAUUUGCAUAUAAAAGUACCGACUAAUGCUAUCGUAAACAAGUAAGCUUAAUUUUAAUUAUCAUUUCCCGACUUUAAAAUUAAUAAUAAAACAAUAAAGUGAUAUUUUUAUAAUUUUAAUUGGCUGAAGUAUAUAUUAUCCAUUUAUACUUACAUUGAUGUAUUCUAUUUGAAUUUUAUUGAGUUUCAAUAAUUAUAUAAUAAAUAAAUAGCGUCGCUAUGCGAAAUAAAUAUUUUAAAAAAAUAGCGGAAAAUUUCGGUCGAUUGGAACUUGCGUAAUUAAAUAAAUUUAAAGUUAAGGACUUCUGAGUUAUUAACUAAAUAUAUUUCUUUAAAAUAUGUUACAGCCAAGAAUAAUCUUCUAAAUUUUCUAAUAUUGCAUAGUAGAAAUGUGUUUAAAUUUAAUUAUCAUUAUCGCUAGUCACUAGUAUUAGUAGAGACUACUGUCGGCAGAAUAAAAAAAAAAACAUUUAUGUUUUUAUUAAAAGCUCUCUAACUCUAUUGGGAAGGAGGAGAGAGAGACAAAAAUGCAGAUAUUGGAUCAAGAAGCCCUUAUUCCUUAUUGAUCCUAAAUAUUAAGCCUGGACUCCACCCUUUUACUGAGUUACAGAGUUACUGGAUGAAUAUCUUUGAAGAUUUUACCCUAAAAACAAGUGGUGGUAAGUUUUAAUCUAAUCACUUGGUAGCAAAAUGCAUAAAGAAUAAACUCACAAUAUUGUUAUAACAUAUGUUAUAAUGUAUUUUCUAUGUACAAUGGUUUACUUUUAUACUAAUUUAGGCACUUGGACUAGGAUUAAUGGUAUUUUCCCUUACUGAUAGCAUACCAUUACUGAUACCAUUAGUGUUAAUUUAUUUAUGAAUCAAUCAAAUUUUUUUUUUCCACAGGUUCUUUAUUGAGUGAAUAUUCCGUGGUGAAAAAUCUUACCUAAUCUUAUGUAGAAAUCAAGUCCAGGACAAGCUUUUAUUUAUCAAAUAUAAUUAUUAUAAUAAAACUGCAGACUGUUUUAAGAAAUAAUAUUUGUUCAGAGUCCAUAAAUAUAAUUAAGGAAUAAUGUAGUUUAUCAGCCUGUGUUAUGUGAGGAUUAUAACAAAGAUAUAUAAAAAUGCCGGUACAUGGGAAAAAAUAGAUCACAUUAGUGAGGAAUGGAUUGUAUUUGACAUGUAUAUCAAAAUUAGCAUUAUUGUACUGAUACAUUUUAAUUUUUUUUAACUUUAACAUCAGCGAAUACCGCUAUUUUAAAAUUAAAAAAAAAAAAAUUGACUCUUGUUUUGAGUUAUUUAUAUAUUCAUCAAAUUUUACUUAGUCAUCUUUUACUCAAGAAUUAUUAAGAAAUAUAUUUAAUAUACAAAUCUAUAAGCUAUGAGACCCAUUUUUUAAAAUAUAUUACAUACAAAACAUAAUUUUCAUUAAAAGAAAAAUUAUAGUGCAUUUUUUAGGAAAAAAAGACAAAAUAUAGGUUUUGCUAAAAUGUUGACAACUUUUUGAUUGUUCAAAGAAUUUUUGUCAUGUUUGACUAUGAAUUGUAUAAGUUGAUGAAGUAUUUUAUUUAAAUAAAUUUUAAAUCUUUUAUAACAAGGAUUUUUUUUUUCCUUCAUACUGUGUAAAGAUUUGGUCAAAUUUUUGCAUAAAAUGAAAAAAAAUAAUUCUCCAAUAAUGUUUCAAUUAUUUUUAUAACUAAGAAAAUAAAAUAUACAAAAAAUAUCUUAUGAUAGCUGAGUCAAAGAUGAACAAGUUAAUAUAUUUAACUGAUCAGAUCAGAGCUAUUUCAGAUCAGUUAAUUAAUUAUUUUAAAAAAUCACAUUAAGAUUUUUAAGAAAUGUGAAAAAAACGUCAGACUGCAGAGAGUUAAUAAAAAAAUUAUUAUUAAUAUAUUUCAUUCAUAAUUUAAUACCCCAGGUAAAGUCACAUCUAAAAACUUUUGAAAUGAUGAACAAAAAGUCUUUGUUUUUAUUAAUUUUCUUUUAUUAGACAAGUCAGAAGUCUCGUUUUGAAGCCUUACAGAAAGAGAAGGAUGAAGCUGAUGCCAGGUUUGAGAUGCAAUGUUCUCUUUUAAGUGAGAACUUGACCACCAUCAGAGCUGACUAUACCACUGCUGAAGCAAAAUUAGAUGAGUUGACCAAACUGACUGACCAGCUGCGGGGAGAGAAGCUAGGUACACCUUACAACUUCAAUAUGAAAAAUAUGAUUUAAUUAAUGAUUGGAAAGGGAACUUAGAGAUCAUUACCCAGCGCCUCCCCUACCAAUUAACUAGAGAUUUCUGUAAAAAAUAUUAGAAAUGGAAAUACAACUGAACAAAUUUUCAUCAGCUGCUCACAGGGGCUUUGUGCUUUUUACAUGCUCUGCUAUCAGCAAAUGAAUGCUCUUGUACAUACAUUUUAUGACAGUGUUCUUUAAAAAAAUUAAUUUUAAAUGUUUGAAACUUUAAUUUUUCAGAACUGGAGGCUAAACUGGAAAACAACAAUGAUGAAAGACGGGUGCUUGUAGAAAGGUACUUCACUCUGAUAAUAUUUGAAACAUAUUUGGGGGCAGACAUUUUAAUACAUGAAUAUAAGUUUACUAAGUACAUUAUUCAAAGAUUAUUUACCAGGCUGGGACAUUGAAACCAUAUUUUCUUUCACGCGUUCCCCCAGAUGUGUAGCCAGUGAGAAAGAAUGUGAAAAGCUGAGGGACAAAGUGGCAGAGCAACGUAGAAAAUUAGAAGACAUGCAGGCAGCUCUACAAGAGCUGGGUCGAGAAAACCAAACAUUACAGGUGAGGAAACUAAACUUUACAGGUGAGGAAACUAAACUUUACAGGUGAGAAAACUAACCGGUAAGGAAACUAAACUUUACAGGUGAGGAAACUAAACGUUACAGGUGGAGAAACAUGUCUUUGAAAUUGUUUGUAACAGAAACUGUGUAACAUUGCUAUAUAAACCUGGCAUAGAAACUCAUUUCAUCCAAUUGCAAGUUUUAAUGCAUCUGUUGUGUUUUGUGAACAAUCAUCUCUUAUAUAUAUUACGCUUCUGGUGUGACUCGUGGACUGCUUCCUAAUGGACUGCUUCCUAAUCAGCGAAUUUGGUAUUGAGAGUAUAUUAAAAAUAAUUCUAAAUGUUUGAAAGAAAGUAUGGUUCAAUAAUGAGUUCACUAGCGGGCAAAAUAUAAUUCCCGAUAACUACGCUAAAUGAUAUAAUUUAUAUUUAUAAAACGCGUAAUAUUAUCUUUUAUGAAAAUGAAAUUGUCUCAAAUUAAGUAUCAUGUAAAAAAUGUUUGGUUUAAAAGUGGUUGGGACAUUGUCGAGACGUUGAAUCCGUUGUGUUGUAAUUAUUCACUCAUGGCAAUGAGUGUCUACUAGUCUACAAUAUAGCUAAUAUCAACAGUUACUAAUACAACCAACGUUAACAGGUUUGUAGCUAGAUAGGAGUUUAUUUAACACUACUCGAUGAACAAGACUUGAUGUAUAAUUUCAGAAUUUGAUAAUCAAAUCACUCCAACCAAACAUUACUCAAUAUACCAAUCCAAACAAUUCAUCCAGUAUAUCCGCCAUCAAUUCUCUCAGCACAACAACCGCCAUCUAUUUUCUCUAACAACAACAGAAACUAACGAGUCACUUCCCACUACAUAAUUACGUCACAACACUCACACAAAAGAUACAGCUACACAUAAAAUCUUUGACUAAACAUCUUUUCCCUAUCAAACAUUGAAACAAUAAUCUACACAUAACAACAGUGAUUCUCAUACCCUUGACAGACAUCAGAAUAUUUAAUAAAGUUCAUGGGCGUGAAAUAAAAAGUGUGCAGUGACGUAUCAUGGAGGGGAGGGGUGUAGCAAAAAUUGGGAUUCUUAAAUGUGCGUUACUUGAGUUCAUGUUUGUUAAGUAACUUUUAGUAGAUCGGAAAUUCACGCAUUGUGUUCGCCAAUGUUUGGCGGGUUAUAUCUAGUGUUAUAAAAUUAAAUACUGUUGUAGAUCAGUGUGGUCAUUCUGUGUACAUAUUAUUGUGUAUCUCAUGUUGGCCAUGUGUAAUUGAAGUGAUAUGUUGGCAGUUGGCAAUGUUUAAUGUAAAGAAUGACAGAUCAACGAUUUUUCACCAAUUCAAACUGAUGUUGUUUUUCAGAUAACUACAACAAAGGUCAAGACACGCAAGUGGGCAGAUGACAGUGAGGUCACUGAGUGCACAUCAUGUGGGAAAAUCUUUUCAGUAACCAUUAGAAAGGUAAGCAGUAUUUUGAUUAUGGAAUUCAUUUUUUCAAAAGUUUGAGAUUUUAUCUUAAUUAUUUAAAGAGGCUUAAAUUUAAGGAAAUCCGUGGCUCCUUUGGUUAAGGAAUUAUUUUUUUAUGGUGGAGGUGUGGGAUAUUUAUUACAUGCAGCUAAAGAUUAGAAGUAAAAUAUAUUGCAUAAUUCAAUAUGCAGAAAGUAAUAUUUCUGUGCAUACAUAUGUGCUCCCCAAAACUCUUAUAAGCACUCACAUGCGACAGGCAGCCCAAUUUAUCUUUGAUACAUAUGUUAAUAAGUAGCCUAUUAAAUUAUUUUGAUUUUCACAAAAAUCUAAAAUUGAUAAUCACAAAGUAAGAAGAAAAAAAACAUUUUGAACUAAAGAUUUGGAAUGCCUCAUCUUAUGUGUGUGACAAAUAAUUUAACCCUGUCAACUGCCAGCUGGUUGUCAAAUUUUAACUUGUCACAGAUCACACCCACCACCAGCUGUAUACUUUAGCAGUAAUCAGUACUUUUAAGACAUCCAUCACCACCAACUUUCUCUCCCCUUCCAUUUCCACAGCACCACUGCAGGAAUUGUGGUCUGAUUUUCUGUAAUGAGUGUUCAGCCAAAACAGCUCAAGUUCCCACAGUGAAGAAACCCGCCAGGGUCUGCACUCCAUGCUUCACUGAGCUCAACUCAAGAAAAUAGUUUUACAAUUUUUUCACUUGUAUUUUUGUUUCAAAAGGCUCAGUUUACAAAGAACAAAUUCCUCGUCUCCAGUUUCAGUUGGUAUGUAAAUAAAUGUACAUUUAUAUAUUGAUGUAAUAAUAUUAUAAACAAAAAUAUAAAGGGUCUUUUGGUCUCGGAUAUAACAGUGGUUUAGGCAGAAAAAAUUAACGGUGAUUAUUGUGAAUAUAAUACUAUUAAUACUUUCAAAUUGUCCAUUCCAGUUUUAUUUUGUUGUUCUUUUCCCACAUUUCUUAUCUUGUAAAUAAAACGUUAAUGUUAAAAAUGGUAAUGUUGAUAUAAAUAUAGAAAAGUUACAUUGACAGUGAUACAAAGAAAACAUGUUGUCCUUGACAUCAUGUCACAAUAAUGCUAAUACAAUUUAUUCAGCCAUAGCAAUUACAUGAAACAUUAUUGAAAGCAUUUUUAUUUUCUUGUUAGAAACAUAUUUGUGAUAAUUAUUUGUGAUGGCCUUUCAGUAGAGCAUAUUCUGUUGGAGAGUUUUGUAAGUCUCUCUAAAGCAGCAGUUCUCAACCUUUCUUAUGCGGCAACCCUUUUAUACAGUUCCCCAAGUUGUGGUGAUCCCCCAACCAUAAAAUUAUUUUCGUUGCUACUGCAUAACUGUAGAUUAUAUGUAUUUUCCGAUAGUCUUAGGCGAUCCCUGUGAAAGGGUCAUUCGACCCCCAAGGGGGACAACCCACUGGUUGAAAACGGCUGCUCUAAAGGAUGGAUGUGUUUUAAAGGCUCAGUUAGACACGCAGUCACAUAGGAGUCCCAAUUUUUAUUUAACUAUGUUUGUGAUGAGACAAUAAUUUUUGGGGAGAAUGUCAAAGUUCAUGCUCAGCAGAGAUUGUAGCCUCUGCAUUUUUCAGCUAGUUACCUUCCAUCACAUGGUGCAUUUAUUGAUGUUGUGUUCAUUCACUUUCGCCACAGAACUUCCCACAGUGUUGCUGUAUACAGGGUCAGUCAGCUUCAGUCAUUUAGUAACUUAUUGGAGCUCAUUGGUUGUUAAUUAUACAGGUUUUAUUUGUCAACAAAUAUUUAGUUGAAUGAAAAACAAUUUUUUUAACUAAGAAAAUAAAGAAUGUUAGAUUAUUUCUACAAUCUUUUACUGGUGGAUAAAAUAUUUUGCAACCCGUGCAAUAGCCAGAGUUGGCAUACUAAGCCAUUUUAGUACACCCUGCUAGCUAUCAAUGAAUUUUAUAUUUUUUAAAUUAUAGUGAUGCCUCGUCUGUCACGGGUUUCAGGUUCCAGACACACCCCUCCCCCACACACACACACACAUUAGGCAAAAAUCUGCAAAGCAGCAACCUUAUAUUUCAUUGAUUAUUUAUCCAUAUUUUAAGGCUUUAUGAAUCCUCCCUACACUCAGCUGUACGCUGC